UACAACCAACACCCAUCCCGCCGCCGCCGCCGCCGCCGCCGCCAUCCAACGCCAUCACCACGCACCAUCAUCGUCAUCAAAGUUACCUUCCGCCAUGGCAUCUCUGCCAUGCGCUUGGUGCUGCACAACCCAUCCGACGCCACGGAGAUGGUGUGCAGAGAUGGGAGGGAAACGUGGCAACCCUAAGUUUCCCUCCGUGGCGCUUGGAACUGCUGUUGCGGGCAUUCUAUGCGACGUGGCGUCGUGUUUCCAUUCUUGUGCAUCCGAAGAAGAGACAGAAGAAAAAAUGAGACCGUGUUGUGUGAUGUGGGUGGCUGUCGAAGCACCCAUGGAAGCAUUUUGGAAGCUUCGAAGAAGGCGAAGAAGGAAUUUACACUUUUACGCCGUCGCUCCAAGUUCGGGGUCUGUUCGUCUUUCGCAAAACCAAACUUACCAAAAGUUGUCCCCCUUUACCCCUCCACCCGGGAAGUCAAAGACAAGUCCCAACCCAAGGCAAGGCAAUACCCGUGUGUCACAACAAAGGGGAAAAGGGAAAGAUGUACCUACCUUGGUGUAUGCUUGGCUACCGGUACCCACAAGCGUCGCAACGCCCGGCCGUCGCCCGCGUCCCCGAUGGCGAUGAGAUGUAUCCGUACGGGGAGUGGAUAUACGGCAAACGGCUAGUGAUGCGCCGGUACUCUGCUUCUCGGCUAGGUACUCUGCGGCCUCCCAUUAGAGAACCAUAGAACUCGGCCGGGUGGGUUUUUGGAUCGAGAUGGCGUCCUGCAACUUGUAAGACGGGCUUUACUCUAUCUGGCCUAGUCUGGCUUCUACACACCCUUCUAGAAGACUUUCAGAAUGGAAGGGAAAAAGCAACAAAGCACAAACUUCGGAAAGCCAUGGUAAGGUAUCGGUACAUUGGCCUUCUAUCCGUAAUUUUGCCCAUGAAUGCCCUGCAUGUGGCAUAUUGCGCAUGUGUGUAUGCGGUAUGCGUAUGCGUACGCGUACGUGAGUGUGUGUGUGGGAGACUAGGGAUUUGAGACUGAGAAAGCGGGAAAAAAAAAACAUAUGCAAUCGCUUCCAACUAAUUGGUCAAUGGGG